AUGAGGAUACUUUGUUUGUCGAAUUUAAACAUACCAGUUCAGACUACCGAUUUAAGUAUCAUCACUUCCGAUUUUACACCCCAAUUCAAAAUUUGGAGAUUUCUGAUGGCAUUGAAAAAGAUCUCCAUAACCACUCCUAAUAAGAAUGUAGAUUUUUCGCUUUAUAUCUAUGACACAUUGGGUUACAAUUUCGAGUCAGAGUCAAUUACCGCCUAUUAUGAAGUAUAUCCAAAUGAAAACAGAAAAAAUACAACUAAAUGCAGCCAACUAGACGAUUUUAUCACAGUCGCACAAAUUAUAUCAAAUUUUGAAUUUAUUGACAUGAAAAAUAUUUGA